GUUGCUAUUCAGCAUCGCUAUGAGGUUGUAUCAGGUGCCUCUUGUCUUAGCGCUCUUCGCGCUCUGGGAGAUCGAGUUUUGUGCGGGGAGUAACAUUUUGCUAAUUUCCGCUGUUGGAUCUCACAGUCAUAGCAUCUGGUGCAAUAAACUAGCAGAAUUGUUGGUCAACAGGGGGCAUGCGGUCACAAUACUGGACACGGAUCCUCCGCGAAAGAAGUUGGCCAACUUAACCACGUAUACUAUUGAAGGGGGAUAUGACUAUGGAGGAAUCGUAGAUUAUCUGGAAAUAUCCUUAGGAGACACAAUCUUUGCGGUGGACUUUUAUUAUAACUGCAACACAAUAGUAUGUAAGAGCAUGAUGAACUCUCCGACGUUCAAGAGAUUUCUCGCCGAAUACUCAAAGAAAGUGCAACCGUUUGAUCUCAUUAUCCACGAUGUGACUGCUAGUGAGUGCUUCUUGGGCCUAGUACCGAUUCUUGGAAAUCCUAAGCUUGUUUUAGUGACUGCAUUCGGUGAAGCUUCGGCCCUCCAGAUGAUGCGCAGUGAGGGGCACUUAGUCCACACGCCUAUGUACCUUUCGCUCCACAGUCACCCGAUGAACUUCUCCGAGAAACUGGAGAAUAUAUAUUAUAAUAUUUAUAAUUAUCAGCGAUAUUAUAGGUAUAUGAAUGAUAUAGACGCUAUAUCAAAAGAAAUAUUUGGAAAAUCUAUCCCUCAUCUCUCAGACAUUGGGAAGUCUGCUGCUGUUGCACUGGUCAAUUCCCAUCCUAUUCUUGAUGGUGCCAAGUAUUAUAGUCCUGCAAUAGUCCAGAUCCCAGGGUUCCACAUUGAUGAACCUAAGAAUCUAGAUGCUGAAACUCAAGCCUUUUUAGAUGGUGCAAAUCAAGGAGCCAUUUAUUUUAGCCUCGGUACAAAUAUUCAGAGUGCAGGAAUGCCAAUAAAUACAAUUACCAUUUUUCUAAAUGUGUUUAAAAAAUUAAAACAAAGAGUUCUAUGGAAAUAUGAGGAUGAAAAUAUGCAAAAUCUGCCUGAAAAUAUCAAAAUAUCUAAAUGGUUCUCCCAAAAUGACAUACUAGCUCAUCCAAACCUGAAACUUUUCAUAACCCAUUGCGGGUUAUUGAGCACUCAAGAAGCUAUUCAUCACGGGGUCCCAAUGGUAUCAAUACCGUUUUGGUUGGAUCAACAUGUGCUAACCAAAAAAUUAUCAAAAAAAGGAAUCGUUUUUCCAUUACUUUAUGCUAAUUUAUCAGAGCAUUCACUUCAGCAAGCAGUUGAAGAAGUUCUCACAAACACUAGUUACUACACAGAAAUAAAAAGGUGGUCAAAAAUAUUUAAAGAUCGACCAGUUAAACCAAAAGAAUUGGCAGCUUAUUGGAUAGAAAAUGUGUUGAAUAACGAUGACCACAAAUACCUUCAACCUCCAGAGACAUUCUUGAGCAACUUAGAACUGUUCCUUUUUGAUUUAAAGACAAUUCUAGGAAUCAUCAUGGGAUUAAUCAUUGCCUCUAUAAUUAACAGCCUUGACAAAAGGAAGUGAAAAAGUUCAAAAGGCAAUAGUCAAAGUUCCUAUACAACAUUUAUUUAAAAUUAAUAAAUUGUAUAUAUCCAAUGAAUAUUGGAAUGUAAGCAAUGAACAGACAAAUAAUAAAUAUAAAUAUGAUAACUAAGACUGCUGAAAUGUGAUUGACAUUAUAAUGUACAAUAGAAAAAGAUGAAAUACAAAUUAUAGUUUAUAAUUUUUGAUGUUUUAGUUUAGAAUAAUUAUGACAAGAGCAUCUAGUGCAACUGUAAAUUUAUCAGACUGAUUUAGAGUAUCAUUAUAACGCCAAUUGAUACUUUUCUUUUCUUUAAUUUUUUUUAAUGUAAAAACUUGUUAUUACUUUUAAAUAUAUAAGUAAAAAUAUAUUAUGUGCCAAUUUUUUCAAUGCGUGUAACAUAAUAUAUUUCGAGACUGAACUUAUGUCAUUUUUUUUUCAAUUAACUCAUUAGCAUAUAAUGUUUAUUGCUUUCUGUGAUUUAUUGUUUAGUUACUGGUAAUUAAUGACAUAUAGUUAGCUAUUUCUUUCAAGCAAAUAAAAUUUAAAAUGACUGUUUAUAAUGUUUUUGUUGCUUGUUAUUGAAAAGGUAAUAAAAG